AUGGCUUCGAAACCGUAUAUAUCACUCUUGAUUUCAUCAUCUGCAACGGCAAUGUCAUGUGAGAAACGCUUCCUAUUGAAUACAUUAUUGUCAAGAUUUAAGGAAAAUUUAGUUCUUAUCACUGGUUGCGACAACAAAACCAUGAAACUAGAAGUCAGGGAUGAGAACGAGAAAUUUGUCAAGGAGCUGACUGAUGAUUCGAAGACUUUAGAAGAACUUGGGCUCAAAAACGGCUAUCAUGUACAUGUCACUGAUCCUAAUAUCGAGGCCGGUUUGUACGACAACAUUAUGGGGCAGGAUUUGGAAGAUAGGUUCAAGCUUUCCGACGAGCAGUACGCGGAGCGCAAAGACACUCUCCUGGCCUGGAAGAAACAGCAUAAUUUGGGGGAAUUUCGAGAAGUUGAUCCGGAGGAACGAAAAGCUGCUGAAGAAGCGAAACUUGCUAAAGAAAGAUAUAUGAGUAACUCUAAACAUUUUAGGUGCGAGGUCCGUGUUCCAAAACAGCCGACCAAACGAGGAGAAAUAGCCUUUCUAGGGGAAACAAAAUUCAAGGAGGGCAUCUGGGUCGGUGUGAAGUACGAUGAACCUCUUGGUCGGAACGAUGGAAGUGUUGAUGGUUACAGAUACUUUGAGUGUCCACCCAAGUACGGCGCCUUUGUGAAGCCGCAUUUCGUAGAGGUUGGCGACUUUCCGGAGCUUGGUCUGGACGACCUGGAUGAAAUAUGA